AUGCAGACCUUUGGUUCAUUCCUCGUCUCCCUCGUCGUGGCAAGCAGCCUCGCCACUGCGCUUCCCACAACCCCUUCUUCCACGCCUGCUGGAAACGUUUCCGUCACGGCAAAGCACAACGCAAACUUCACACGCAACGGCCCUGCGGCCCUGGCCAAGGCCUACAGGAAGUUUGGCAAGCCUGUCCCCGUCGACGUGGCCAACGCCCUCAGCCGCCAGAACAGCAAGAGGACCACGGGCUCGGAUCCCAACUCUCCCCAGCAAUAUGACAUCGAGUACUUGGCCCCCGUGCAAAUCGGCACACCCGCCCAGACUCUAAACCUGGACUUUGAUACAGGCUCCAGCGAUCUCUGGGUCUUCAGCAGCUUGACCCCUUCCUCGCAGGUCAAUGGCCAGACGUUGUACAACCCAAGCAAGAGCUCGACCGCUCAGUCUCUCAGCGGAUCUACCUGGAGCAUCACGUACGGCGACGGCAGCAGCUCCAGUGGCGUCGUCUACACCGACGCCGUCACCGUCGGUGGCUUGACGGUGAAUGCCCAGGCCGUCGAGGCCGCCAAGCAGGUGUCUUCCCAGUUCUCGCAGGACGCGGCCUCGUCUGGGCUUCUCGGGCUGGCCUUUAGCUCCAUCAACACGGUCAAGCCCACCAAGCAAAAGACCUUUUUCGACAAUGCAAAGCCCGCUUUGGAUUCUGCUCUCUUUACUGCCGACUUGAAGCACGGAGCCGACGGCAAAUACAACUUUGGUUACAUCGACAGCACCGCCUACACCGGGUCCAUUGCGUAUACGCCCGUCGACAGCAGCCAGGGCUUCUGGGGCUUCACGUCAAGGGGCUACGCCGUGGGCGGCGGCAGCCUGAACACGGCGUCGACGUCGGGCAUUGCCGACACCGGCACCACGCUGCUCUUGCUCCCCAGUAGCAUCGUCAGCGCGUACUACGCCAAGGUCAGCGGCGCCAGGUACGACAGCUCGCAGGGCGGCUACACGUUUGCCUGCAGCCAGAGCCUGCCUAGCUUUUCGUUUGGCGUUUCCGGCGCCACUGUCACCGUCCCGGGGGCGUACCUCAACUAUGCGCCUACCGAUAGCACUGGGAGGACGUGCUUCGGGGGCCUGCAGAGCAGCUCGGGCAUCGGGAUCAACAUCUUUGGCGACGUUGCGCUCAAGUCUGCCUUUGUUGUUUUUGACGGUGGAAACAAUCGCCUUGGAUGGGCUGCCAAGGCGUUGUAG